GAACUCUCGCGAGACUAGCCGUUGAUUUCUACAGCUCCCCCUGCCGGAACCAUUCCAUCGGCGCCGCUGGUCCAGCGAUCUCGGGCCGGCCUGGGUUGUUUUUUUCUUUCUUCCCGGCUUCCAGUGUUGCGCCAUGGCCGCUGCGGAGCUUCGUGGGCCGCGUCUCCUCGCGGCGGGCUUCCUUCGCCUCCUCCUUCCCUCCGAUUCGCGGCCCGGGCGGGCCUGUUAGUCCUCGGGGGAACCCGCGUCGGGGCUGCAGGCGGCCCAAGACAGUUUGUCUGCAUGGAACUUCGCGGGGAUGGUUUGCUAGUUUCAGCCUCAGCAGCCGAAUGGUCCUUCUUUGACAUCUUUCUCUCAUCACACCUUGUGGUAACAUCAGUCCAAUUCUGGAUUUCCAUAUAAGUGAGACAUCUGACGUUGCAGUCAUGACUUCAAGACAAGGAGAUGUUCCUGCUAUUGAGCAUGGCUCUGGAAGCCUUUUAGGAAAGAUGUCCCAGCCAAUUGCAAUGAGCCGUCGGGCAUUCAGUUAUGAUGAUGCUCUGGAGGAUACAGCACCAAUGACUCCUCCUCCUUCAAACAUGUGCUCCAGCAUCCUCUGGAAAGAGCCAGUCAUUCCAGAACGAAAAUAUGAGCAACUUUCCAAGGUUGAGGAAGGGGAGAUUAGCAUGCAUCCAUCUGCCAUAAUUCCCUCAUCUUCCACUGAGUCUGUGAACAAGGUUCCAGUGGUGAAGGCCAAGGCCACCCACAUCAUCAUGAAUUCUCUCAUUACAAAACAAACUCAGGAGAGCAUUCAGCGCUUUGAACAGCAGGCAGGGCUGCGAGAUGCCGGAUACACUCCCCACAAGGGCCUCACAGCAGAGGAGACAAAAUACCAUCGCGUGGCUGAGUCACUCCAUAAUCUGAAGAUGCAAAGUGGAGAGAUGGCAAAGGAAGAGAAACAGGCGUCUUCUACCCAGUCUACUCCAAGCAACACUCCACAUUCUUCUCCCAAGCACACAUACAGGGGCUGGUUUAGUCAGGGAACCUCCAGUUCCAUUACUGGUCCCGAUUUUGCGGCCAUGGAUUCCAGUGGAGAUGGUGAGAAAAUACCAUCUGAAAAAUGGAGCCUCUUUGGACCCAGAACUCUUCAGAGAUCUGCUACAGACACAGGUGGUUUCACCAUCCAAGCCUACAAGGGUGCCCAGAAACCAACCCCAAUGGAAUUAAUGCGUGCCCAGGCCACUAGGAUGACAGAGGAUUCUGCAACUUUUAAGCCCCCCAAGAUGGACAUUCCAGCUAUGGAGGAAAAGAGGCGGUCUCCACGUUCUCACAGUCUCAAACCCCGUGACCUGAAUGUGCUUGCUCCCACAGGAUUCUAGGGACACUUCUGAUUAAAGGGCAGUAAUAUUUGAUAACAAACUAAGUGCUAUUAGGCUUUCCCUCCAUUCCAUUCAAGCUCACUUGACAGGAAGGUAUGUCUUCUAGCACCAAAAUAUACUGGCUGAUGAAACACUGUCUGGGAGAUUUUUUCAGCUGA